GACCGACCCAAAGCGAGAGCACGAGCGCAGGAGGGGGAUUUCCAGCUCGAGCCCCCACUUCCCGAGUCAGCCGUUGUUUUGCUUUCGGUCUGGACACAGAAACAGAAAUAAACGACGGCCACACUUUCCCUUUUCCACUUUAAACCGCAAACAAAUCAACUUGUCCAACUUGAGCCGCGCUUGUCACUCUGACAGCAGGACCGUUGACGCUACAGGCCGUCCAAACUGAGCAGGUAACGUUUGAUUUCCGCAUAUGAACCUUGUUGACUUGCUGCUCGCAGCGCCCAGACUUCCCACAGGACGACAUGACGGAUCCCUGCUAGCUCGCUGUGUGACAAAAUGCCAGUAGAGCGAAUGAGGAUGCGUCCGUGGCUGGAGGAACAGAUCAACUCAUGCCAAAUACCAGGUCUCAAAUGGGUUAACAAAGAAAAGAGGAUCUUCCAGAUCCCGUGGAUGCAUGCUGCACGCCAUGGCUGGGACCUGGAGAAAGAUGCUCCGCUCUUCAUGAGAUGGGCCAUACAUACUGGUAAAUUCCAGCUAGGCGUAGACCGUCCAGACCCAAAGACAUGGAAGGCAAACUUCCGCUGUGCCAUGAACAGCCUGCCAGACAUCGAGGAGGUGAAGGACAAAAGCAUCAAAAAGGGAACGAAUGCCUUCAGAGUUUACAAGAUGCUCUCCACCUCAGAGAGAAGCCUGAAGAAAGGAAAGAAGAAGACGGACAAGGAGGGGAGGACCAAGGGAACUAAAGAGGAAGCUUCUCCAUCUCCAGACGGGACUCCUCUAGAUGCUCAUGUUGGACCUGUUGACUACACAAAACAGGAAAUGACCAAACAGGAAGUGAUCAAGCAGGAACCAGUAGAGUUUACAGUAAUGGACCAUGCCUCAGCCAUUCAUAGUUCAGUAGAAGACCAUGUGAUCACCAGUGAGCAGCUGCCAUUCGUCUGUCAGACGAUCGAGGUGACCACUGAGAACGAAGAGCAGACUGUGAGCUCCUCCCACUCGUACCCGCUCCAAAUCUCGCCCGUGUCUUCAUGCUGUGGCAGCGACACAGACAGUGAUAUAGAAGACGCCAAAGAGGGUGUCACUGAAGUCUGGAGGCGGAACUACAGCACGUCAGUUCUCAGGGUUCCCACAUGUUCUCUCCCCGGCAUGGCCACCUUCGUCACCGCGAACAAGCCCAAUUUCAGGGUGACCAGCACGCGGGACCCGGCGCCCCUCAUCAGCUACCACACUGACGGCUGGAUGCCGGCCUACAGCCAGAACUCUAUUGUGUCCACGGCCACCAGCCACACCCACGAGAUGCGCGCAAGUGUCAUUAUGAAAACCUCUGAUGUCACUUCGUCCUGACCUCUGACCUCAGUUGAGGGAGUAUCAUCACUGCUUCCAGGGCAUAGGAAUGACAGAUUGGUUUGUUUUCUCCAUCAGGGCCAUGUGGAGCUUCAAAAUCUUUGAUUUUAUUAUAGCUUCUAAUUGGGCCAUGAAUUCUCUCACUUUACCUCUUAAUUUGAGAAAUUGGCGCCUGAUGUUAACAAUAUUAGUGCACUGAUUGGUGAGCAUUUAAGCCCAGUUAAUUUGUAUCUGUCUGCGUGAUAUGAAUCUUAUCGUCAUCUUCCCAUGUCUGCAAGGGCUCACCGACCAUCCGUGUGCAGGUUGUAAAUUCAAGAGCAUGUGGACUGUACACACUGACAGACAUGUAUGCAGAAAUGUGGAAUCUGUGUGUUUGCACAUCCGUUUUUAACUACAUCUGGCUGUUGACACGCUAUAAUCAUUCAUGUGUCACUGGUAGAUCCGUUUCUCUGAUGCUUUGUGCUAAAACUUUAGCAUACACAAUGCCAAAAGGAAGACACUCACCUUUACUUUUAUCUCAUGAAAGAAAAAUUUGCCUUUGGUUGUGGAAAUUUCUUAAUAUGUUUAUAUUGCACAGCCUCUAGACGCAUAUAUUUUUUUAAUAAUAUUUUUUUUAAGUGGCCAUUGCCUAGCUGUAGGUUUGAAACUGAGUUCUCAUGUUUAUCCACCAUGUUGGAAUUUUUAGCACACAGUCUCUGAUCAUCUAAAACCAUCACUUGAAGGAAGGAAGGUGUUUUUUUAAUUUCAUUCUUGUUUUCCAAAUAACCGCCAUGAAAUUACAAAAUUCAGUGGUUAGGUCUUUGGAGUCAAACCCGAACCAUUGAUAUUUGAUUGGUAUUUGAUGAUCUCGGCACGAGACUGGUGUACGCCGCCACUUGCCCAAUGUUAGCUUGGAUUGACAACCCUGCGAAGGAUAAGUGGUUACAGUAAUAAUGGAUGGAAAAAUGGCUGGAUGGAAGGAGACUCAGCAAUUAUCUUUAUGCAAAAAUUACAUUUUGUUGCUUUAAGUAUUAAAACCCGUUACCAGUUAACAAUAGGAGUGUAAUAGUGUGCACUGAAGUGUUAGCACGAAACAUCACACCAGUUGCUGGGACACAUGGCUGGAACAAAGAUUGUAAACACAAAAAUCUAUGGAAAAUCGCAAACCAACUUUUACUAGCAGCAAAAAAGAAUCAAAUUAUUGUUAUUGUUAUCUUAUUGUUUCAUCAUGAUUAAUAAUGACAAUCAUUAUGAAGCCCUGAUUGGCCCUGCAGUGGAAAGCGUGCAUGCGUGCGUCUGUGUGUGCAUGCGUGCGUGCGAGACUGUGUGUGUGUGUGUGUGUGUGUGUGUAUCUGUCCGUCUGUCUGGAGACCUCAGGACAAUGUAGCCACCAACACACAGACUGGAAGAACGACAGACUCACUGACAGACAGACUGACAGACUGUGAACAAUGUAUUCAUGUCUUCUCCUGGUGUUAAUAAUGUACAUAGCUCAUAUGUAUGUGUGCCUGCAAGCCGCUUCUGCACCUUACGGACAGCACUGGUGUGUGUGUGUGUGUGUGUGUGUGUGUGUGUGUGUGUGUGUGUGUGUGUGUGUGGAUGCAUGUGUGAGAGAGAGAAAGCCUUAUUGAAGAUGUGUGCCUUUUGCUAGAGUGCAGCUGGAUUCAAACUAUCUGUGCUUCAGUCUGCGAGUGUGACAUUCAGGUAGCUUUCAGGAAUUGUAUCGGGCCCUGUUUGGAUCAAGACAGCAGGCAUUGUGAUAGUGUGCAGCAUGGAGGAAUGGAGAAGUGGUGAACAUUUGUUGUGUUUCCAUGAUUCUUGACCUGGUUCAUUUUUAGUCAGCCAGUUAAUUCUGCAAAUUAAAGGUGAAUGUUUCACUUUGAUAAUGAGGAGGAAGGAAGUCUGGCUUUGAGAUGCAUCACAGAGGGACUAUGUCAAUACCAGGAGAGCUCAGAUGUUUUUAAGUCACACUUUUACGUCACUUUCGUACCGUCUAAUCUCUGGGCUCCAACUUCAAAUUUCUCAGCUGACUUUAGUGCACACUUGUCAACUCCUUUCAUUAUUUUGUCCACCUCUCCAUUCUUCCUAGCCUAGAGCCCAGAAGCCUCUAGCCUUCAUUUUGAUGUCUUGAAUGCAAAAUCUUUCUUGACACCUUAAAGUACAAAUAUGUGCACAGAACAAUGAACGUUGGCAGCAAAUGGAAGACACAUCACAUUUGUUUGUAUUUAGGAUGAUACAAUGUACCUUUUUAAAAGGACCAUAUAUAAUAUGUUCAUAUUAAAACUAACCCAGAGGCUCCUCAGUUAUGCACUAUGAUGAUCUGAAAGCUACUUGAGUAAACAGCGAGCAGGCUAAAGCACAGGCUAAAAUCCCAGCUUGCCUUUAACAAACUCCAGUGGGAACAGCUCUAAAAGUUCCUGUAGGAAAAACAAUAGGACAAAGAGGAACCGGCCAUGAUUUUGUGAACCAAAGCACUAGAGAGAUAUACACUGGACGCACAUCACUAUCAUGGUGAAAUUAUUUAAGAUUCUCAUCAAAUCAAAAGGGGUUCGGACGAGGACUAGGCAUUGCUUUUAUCAAAUGUUUAUUCCAUGUGCCUUUUCUAUUGUUAGAAACUUGCUUCUGUUUCCGUGUGGUCACAUUUAAUGAUGCUUCACAACUGGCUGCAAUACACUGGCAAUAUUUAAAGCAUCAUAUGCUGAUAGUUUUGUCAACAACACCUGCCUUUUUUUACCCAUGUGUUUGUCCUUUUGAGCCUGUUUUUUGUUUGCAUAGUGAUCACAUCCUCUCUGAGUGAUAUUGAAAAAUAACCCAGUGGUUGUAAUGAUCUGAUCAGAUGCUGUUCUUUUUUUUUUUUUGUGCCUAAUUACUUUAAAGUGUUCAACCGGGUGAUCCAUGUCAGGCCUUUUUAAUUUAAUAAAAGUUUCAGUAUUGAAGCAUUAGUUGACCUAAACUCAACAAGUUCUAAAGUUUAUAGAUGAUCAAGAUUUGUAGCUGAACAAUCUUAAUAAUCAGACCAUGACCAUGUUAUUACAAAGAGGUCAAGCAAGGAAAAACUAAAGUGCACUUAUUAGUGGAGUCCAUGUCCCCUUUGUUAUUUGCAUAAAAGGGACGUCAAAGCAGCCAGAAGUCAGCAGUGAAAGUCGUCAGAUGUUAGAUGUCAGGGGAGAUGUUACGAUGUUCUCAGAAAGUGGCCCUACAUGUUUUGAUUCCUGUGAAUCACUGUUAUGUUAAAGCUGGGGUGUGUCUCCAUACCAUAAAGGACAAUAUUUCCAUUCAGCUCAAAGAACAAUAAAAGACUUCAGUGCUUUGCUUCUCGCAACUGGGUUCUCACUGCAAAUAUGUCACAACAGUUUAUUGUCAGUACGUUAUGAAAUACUACAUGUGAAUCAACAUGUAAAUCUGAAUAAAGACUUGUUUUUGUAUUUAU